AUGACGGAGCUUGUUACCAAGGGCAUCGCUCCUGGAGAGACCCGGGCUUAUCUUCAAUGGCAGCAACCACACCCCAUCUGUCUUGCAGAACUAGCCUACAAGGCCAACCAAAGCAAGGAGACUCUUCAACGAUGGGACCGUGUCAUCACGUCAACUGCCCAGUACAUGGCAUCGUUUGCUUGGUUCAACAACUCGAGCGGCAAAUAUGAUUUAGGACCACCUAUACAGGGUGUCACGGAGAAUUCGUCCCCUACGGAGAUUUCGAACUUGGCUUACGAGCUUGAUUACUGGCAAUGGGCCCUCAAUGCAGCGUGCAACUGGAAAAAGAGACUUGAACAAGAUUGCCCCCCAACGUGGUCUAGAGUGGCAGAGAAUAUGGCAUUCCCUCCUGAGUAUGACGGCCUCUUCGCUCCUUGGGUUGGCGGUGGCCUAAAUGCAUCCUGGUGGGAUAACCCUCAGCUCAACAAAGAUCCUAGAAGCAUCAUUAUGUUACAAGGCAUGGUACCCGAUACCCCACUAGUAAGUAUUACGGAGAUUCAGAGUAGACUCCCUGUUUGCUUCAUUAACUGA